AUGUCGUUCUCCGGCCGCCGCCUGAGCAUCCUACGCCCGUCCGAGAACCGCAAUCCCUCGGCCAAGAAGGAACUGUCGGAUAACGAACUCAACUCAGAAACCCAUCGGCAAUUUCGAGAGGCUCACGAGGGUCACCGUCCCCACGCCGGUCUCGACGCUUCCCGUGCCUCCACCGGUGUCGUCUGGUGCACAGAGCGAGCCUGCGAGCAUGGCUACGCCGAUGAUCCUUCCAGCUGGGCUAAUCUAGGUCAGGGAGCCCCCGAGGCUGACGACGGCAUCGAGGGAAGUUUCCCUCGCCCAACUGCUAUUCCCAUCACAUCCGCUUCCCGGGAAUAUGGCCCGACCGCCGGUAUCAAGCCAUUACGCGCGGCCGUCGCUCGUCUGUACAACGACCACUACCGCCAGGGCAAGGAGAGUCAGUAUACCUGGGAGAAUGUCUGCAUUGUCCCAGGUGGCCGCGCGGGUCUGAUUCGCAUUGCUGCCAUUCUCGGAAACUCGUAUCUGUCCUUCCCCAUCCCCGAUUACUCUGCGUACUCGGAGAUGUUGUCUCUGUUCAAGAACAUUGCGCCCAUCCCCCUUCCUCUUUCCAAGGAGGACCACUACCACAUCCACCCCAACAAGAUCGCCGAGGAAAUCGCCCGUGGUACCCAGGUGCUGCUGACCUCCAAUCCCCGUAACCCCACAGGCCACUUCAUGCCGCAAGACGAGCUGCAACAAAUUCAGGACCUCUGCCGUGACCGCGCGACUCUGAUUCUGGACGAGUUCUACGGCGGAUACAACUACACAACGGGCUGCGACGGAACAACAAUCAGUGGUGCAUCGAACGUUGUCGACGUUAACAAGGAUGACGUUCUCCUGAUCGAUGGGCUCACAAAGCGGUUCCGCCUUCCUGGCUGGCGAAUUGCGUGGGUGGUCGGACCCAAGGAUUUUGUCGACGCCCUAGGUUCCGCAGGAUCGUACCUCGACGGUGGUGCCAACGUGCCAUUCCAAGAAGCCGCGAUCCCGAUGCUGGAGCCGUGGCUGGUGCGCACGGAGAUGAAGGCGCUGCAGCAGCACUUUAUGGAGAAGCGCGAUUACGUCCUGGGCCGUCUGUACGAUAUCGGUUUCCGUGUCCAGGACGUCCCCGGCGCGACCUUCUACGUCUGGCUCGAUCUGACUUCCAUCGAACCCCCUCUGCCUGAGGAGGCUAACAUCUCCGACGGUCUGAACUUCUUCAGUGCGCUGCUGACCCAGAAGGUCAUCGUUGUGCCUGGUAUCUUCUUCGACUUGAACCCGGCCAAGCGUCGUGAUCUCUUCGACAGCCCGUGUCACCACUUCGUUCGACUGAGCUACGGGCCUAAGAUGGAUGUGUUGAAGCGGGGUCUUGAUGGUAUUGAGCGUGUUGUUAAGCGUGCUCGUCUGAUGGGCGCGCCGAAGUGGGAUGCUGAGGUUGCCGUUGCGGAUGAGUAG